AUGUCGACCCAUAGACGGAUCUCUACAGAGCAAAAAAUUAGCCCACAGUUGAGUUUGUCCUGUGAUUUGUUGAAGAUGUUUAAGAACACGUUUCAGUCUGGUUUCUUGUCAAUCUUAUACAGUCUUGGGACCAAACCUCUGCAGAUAUGGGAUAAAGAAGUUUCAAACGGCCAUAUAAAACGACCGCAUGAUGAAGACAUACAAUCUAAUGUUCUUGAAAUUGUUGGAUCAAAUAUCCAGUCUACAUACAUUACAUGCCCUGCCGAUCCUGCGGCAACACUUGGUAUAAAGCUUCCAUUUUUGGUUAUGAUUGUGAAGAACGUAAAGAAGUAUUUCACAUUUGAGAUUCAGGUGCUGGAUGAUAAGAAUGUCAGGCGGCGUUUCCGAGCUUCUAACUUCCAAGCUGUCACUAGGGUGAAACCAUACAUAUGCACCAUGCCACUCAAGUUGGAUGAAGGCUGGAAUCAAAUCCAGUUGAAUCUCGCUGAUUUUACCAGGAGGGCAUAUGGAACCAACUAUGUUGAGACUUUAAGAGUUCAGGUUCAUGCAAACUGCCGCCUGAGAAGGAUAUAUUUCUCUGAUCGCCUGUACUCCGAGGAGGAGCUUCCUCCAGAAUUUAAACUCUACCUUCCAGUACAGCAGAAAGGAUGA